AUGGCUAGCGACAUGGACAAGUCCGAUAUGCAGGGCGAUAUUUGGCCCGGACUGCUCAAAAAGUAUGAGGAAUUUGUCUUGUUCGAGAUCAAAGACGCGGCGGAUUUCAAAGAUCGCCUGAAGGAAAUGGUGUCGAAGAAGCAGAUUACCACUGCUCAAGAUGCCCUGUCCACCCGCCAACGCGUCUGUGGAAGUGGCAACGAGGUCGAGAUGUCUGGCGUCAACAUCGCUUUUACCUCCAAGGGAAUGGUCAAGCUGGACAGAGAUGAGCUCCGUGAUGAUCCCUUUAUCAAAGGCAUGUACACGGACAUGGUGUCGGAGGGCCGAGAUACCGACGAGGAAUGGGAUAAUUCCUGGAGGCAGGACGUCCACGGGGUUCUGCUGAUCUGCGGCACCGAAAAGAAAGUCCAAAGCACCAGGGAGAGGAUUAUCAGGACGUCUCUGGGCAGUUCCAUUGCCGUGGUUGGGAAGCCCAUGGCGGGAGCUACGCUGCCCAAGAAAAAGGAUAUCCAUGAUCCCGAGCACUUUGGGUUCCGCGAUGGUGUCUCCCAGCCCAUCUUGAAGGGCCUCGAUGAUGACAAGAUCAAGGAGGAAGGUGUCCAAAAGACCUUCACCGCUCCAGGGACAAUUCUGAUCAACAAUCCUGGGUUUUAUGAUGACAACAAAAAGUGGUGGGAGCCCGACUGGGCCAAGAACGGCAGCUACUUUGUUCUUCGCAAGAUGGGCCAGGACGUGCCUAAAUUUCACAAGUAUUGUGAGAACAAGGCACGCCAGCUCGGCUUUACUCAAGACGAAUUCGAAGCGCGCCUGGUUGGACGCUGGAAGAACGGCGCCCCCGUGGAGAAAUAUCCCUUCGAAAGCUCCACCUUCGACGGAAACUUGAACGACUGGGACUAUGAAGAUCCCAACAAGCAGACCAAUUGCCCCUUCGCAGCCCAUAUCCGAAAGACCAACCCUCGCAUUGGGGUCGGUAAUACGACCAACAACUUGAUGAUGCGUCGGGGUAUCCCGUAUGGGCCUGUGUGGGAGCCCGGAAAGAAUGACGAGGUUGAGCGUGGUCUCUUGUUUACCUGUUAUCAGAGUGCUAUCAAAAAUGGCUUUCAAUUUGUCAUGAACCGUUGGGUGUACAACCACGGAUUCCCGCACGACCGGAAUGGCCAGGAUGCCAUCAUCGGCCAAGAUAUCAAAGGCGCCGUCGAGGAGGAAGACAAGAAAUUGCGCCUGAGACUCCUGGACAAGAAGGGUCUAGAGCAUGAGAUUUCGUUCACGACCUUCAUCUCCGUCAAGGGUGGGGAGUACUUUUUUACGCCGCCGUUGCAAUUCAUUCGCGGUCUGUAG